UGGCGGAGGUCCAGAUACAGGAAGGAUCGGUCAGCACAUCAGGACAGACGUUGUUUUACCGGGAGGCGGUCCCAGCGCAGCCCCCCGAGCGCCCCCAAGCCCCCCGUCCUUCUCCUGCAUGGAAUUAGGUUCUCAUCCCAGACGUGGCUGGAGCUCGGGACGCUGAACAAGCUGGCUGCUGCUGGACACCGAGCCGUCGCCAUCGACCUGCCAGGAUUGGGCCGCUCCAAGGAUGCUGUGGCCCCGUGUCCCCUGGCAGAACUGGCCCCGGCCUCCUUCCUACAGGAAGUGCUCGACUCUUUGAAUUUGGCCCCCGCAGUGAUAAUAAGCCCCUCCCUCAGCGGCAUGUACUCCCUUCCCCUCCUCCACCACAAUCCGCAGAGCAUCGCAGCCUACGUGCCUGUGGCCCCCAUCUGCACAGACAAGUUCCCUGCUCAGGACUAUGGCCGCAUUCAGGUUCGCUCUCUGAUCGUGUACGGGGAUGGAGAUGAGCAGCUGGGGGAGGUCUCCCUGCGGAACCUGAAGAAUCUGACCAAUCACCAGGUGUUUUGCAUGAAAGGGGCGGGGCAUGCCUGUUACCUGGAUGACCCAGACACCUGGCAUCGCGGCCUCUUGGAAUUCCUCGCAAGCCUGAAAUGA